GCACGCGAGUUUGUUUCUGACGUCACGCAAAGCAGAAGCUGGCGAAACUGACGUGGCAGCUACACAAAAACCAGAAAAUUGGUCUGAGAUCGUCGGUAUUCUCGAGCUGCACCUUGCUGUAACAUUGUUAGACGUCUGUGAUAACUUAAUAUUUGCAUAAAGAAUGGGCUUGACAAUAUCUAGCCUUUUUACUCGAUUGUUCGGCAAAAAGCAGAUGAGAAUUCUUAUGGUUGGGCUGGAUGCUGCUGGAAAGACCACAAUUUUAUACAAACUUAAAUUGGGAGAGAUUGUUACAACCAUUCCAACCAUUGGUUUCAAUGUGGAGACUGUAGAGUACAAGAACAUCAGUUUCACAGUGUGGGAUGUUGGUGGACAAGAUAAAAUUCGCCCACUCUGGCGACACUAUUUUCAAAAUACACAAGGCCUGAUUUUUGUUGUGGACAGCAAUGAUAGAGAAAGAGUUGGAGAGGCUCGUGAAGAACUACACAAAAUGCUACAAGAAGAUGAAUUGCGAGAUGCUGUGUUGCUGGUGUUUGCCAACAAACAAGACUUGCCAAAUGCUAUGUCUGCAGCAGAGAUCACAGAUAAACUUGGAUUGCAUAGCAGUGCCAGAAGACAGUGGUACAUUCAGAGCACCUGUGCAACCCAGGGACAAGGGCUGUAUGAAGGACUUGAUUGGCUGUCCAAUCAGCUGGCUAAAUCUUGAUGAGCUAAUAUCUUGACACAUCCUGCAAAUGAAAAGGAAAACAUAUUCACCCAUCAUCUGUUUGAUUUGUUAAAAAAAAAUUCUAAAUUUAACAAGUUCCUUAGUAAUUAUUUUAUGGGACUAAAGUUAAAAAAAAAACCUAAAUGGCAUUGGGAACAGUUUUAACAUUUCCAAGAAUGCAAUGGCUUACUGAUACAUAUAAGACAGACUGCUGCUUAAGUUGCAUGGAACCUUAUUUUCUAAUAUUUGUGUCUGCCGUACCAGUACAUUAAUAUUUUGGACCAGCCAAUAAGUGAACAUUAAAAUAUAAGCACACGAUAAUCUCUUGGCGUUUGAUGAUUAAUUUAUUUUUGACUUUCAGUCAUCAAAUCUGUUGUGCAAUGAUGAGCACAUGGGCGUAUUGUAUGUUAGUGUUACAUUGGUUUGCCCUCUUUGCCUAGCAUUCUUGAGACAUAGAUCAGCCAAGGACUCCAAAAGAAACGCUUUCAACUUAGCUUUUUUCUCAUUAAUUUAAUUUCGUAUGCAGCAGUGUUUUAUUUUGAUGUAAGAGAAAUGCGAAAAUGUUUUAAAUCUUACGGCUCUAAGUGAGAGCAUAAAUGCUUAUUUUUCAUGAUAUAAUUAUAUAUCUGUGGUUGUAAUUAAUCAGUUUGAAGUGAAAGCAACCGUAGUGAGAACAUUAAAGCAGUGUGGUGUAGUUCUGAAUAGAAACUCUGCAUCAAUAAGGAUUCCUUCCUCGUUUCUGUACAUUGCUUUUUCUCUUUAAGGCAAUUUUUGUUUGUGUUUUGAAUGUUUGUCCUUACAGAUACAUGCAUGUACAUUGUCAUUAGAUGUCUGCACUACUGUUCUACUUCAAUUCCUUUCAAUUCUUUAUCAUAAGAAAAAUGUUUUUCUGUGAAUAUGAAAUGAUCAAUCAUUCCAUGAAAAAUAUUACUUCAUCAUGAAUCAUCUGGUCUUUGUUAAGGGAAAUUUUGUAUAGGAUGCUUUUUAUAUAAAAAUAUUGUGUGUGUGUAGAAGUGUUAAGAGUGAAUGCUUCACAUUUAAAUGUCCUUUGCUUAGUUUAAGGGCAUUCUCAGAUAUAUUAAAAAAACUGCAUGUGAACUCAAAAGACACUGGCAAUGAAAUAAAAUGAGGACUAGGAACCUGCAAGAAAUCUCAAACUUUCACCAGUAUUUUAAAAAAAUUUAACAAACACUCUGAUGUAUGGAAAAUUUUCGUUAAAUUUAAGACCAGUGUGUUCACAGAGCAGUGGAAGGGAAUAAAUGAUGUUACACAAUUUGAUUGAAAAGUAAAUUUGUCUGAAUACAUGGCUUUUGACUUUUCUGAUGAUCUGUACCAGCUUGAGAUGCCUUGAAUGAUCUGGGCAAAAAAAUAGUUUAAACAUGCAUCUUUGGAUAAAGCUGUUUAGAUACCAGUGAAUGUUAUAAAGAAUUUUAUUUUUCUUGUUUGGUUUUCCACCCAAAGAAAUUCAUAUCAGAUGCUCUCAGAAUAUCAUGAUUGUAUGUGAACAACCAAUUACAAAUUUAUAAAAGAUGCUGUCCUACAUUUUCCUUUAAAACUACUGUGUACGAGCAUUCCAAGGAGUUCAAUGAACUCAGAUGAAUGCAGUCUUGUUGAGUUUUCAAUAACUUUUGUCUUUCAAUCAGAUACGCAGUAAACUUAUUGCCAGAUCAGAAGUUGGAUGAAAAGAGUUUAAUGUACAAUGAGACUGUUGAAAACAGUUUGUGGAGACAAGUAGUAUGCUUUCUUUGGUAUGUCAUAAAAUGCUGAGCAUCACUUUAUUAUGAAAAUGUGUGGAAAUCCAUCAGUUUGCUUUAUGUGUGCAUGAAUGCUCUUAAAUCACAAACCAGCAAUCUGAAGCAAAAAUUGUGGGUUUGACUCGACAAGUUGGUUGAUGUAUUGGUUUUUGUAAAUAGCUUUUGUUAGGCUCAAGGUUCUUUUCUUGCUCUAGCUGGUGCAUUCAGAUUCAUGCAGGUGCAAGCACACGUUUUAAAUAUUUAGUUAAGAUCUUGAAAAUUUGUGUGUGAUGAUAAUAGCAGUUUUGGUUUGAGGUACAUGCUAGGGGUUGUGUGUCCUACAGUAGUCUACAUCAAAAUGUAAGGUAAGAGGUGGGUCAUGCCCGAACAGUAGAGAGCUUCCAAAGUUUUAUUGAAAAAUACUUGUUUGCAUUUGUAUGAUUAAUUAUUCGCUUGCUUUUUGAGUGGACAUACAAUUGCCAUUCCUUUUCAAAAAAAAAAAAGAAACAUGAUCAUUAAAUGUACUCGAAAAGAGUAUUCCUAAUUGGAUUUAGAAUAUCACCAGAAAAGCUGAGUUAUUACCUGUUAGUAGUGUCGUAAGAACAGUUUAAAUUGUUUUAGUAUACAGUUAGACAACAAACACCAUUUUCUUGCUUUUUUCUUAACUUUUUCCCUUUGUAAAGUGCUUAGUGCAUUAAAUGUUGUUGGCAUGCAUGCGGGAUCAGAUUCAGGAUUGCAUUGUGUAUAUCCAGCUCACCUGUCAUUUACUCUCUCAGGUCAAGUGCAGUGAAGGCAUUUGUUGGCACCAUGAUAUCUGUAGAGAGAUGUACAAAUAAAGCAACAAUACCCAAGUGGGUUAUGCAUGUACUUAUUAA